UAUAGCCCUAUACGAGCACCCACCCGUCUGCUGCGGUCGUAUUUUCUCCAUACUCCGGCCUCACGACCUUUGCCUCCUUCCUCUUCGCCGCGAGAAAACUAGGGUUUUGCUGCCGGAAUCUUCCUCUCCCCUCCGCCGCCGACCGACCGUGCGCCGACGAUACGACCGCCUCCUUCCUCCCUCCUCCGAUCCGGCCUUUUUGAUCCCCGGAUCCCGUAAAAGAUGCUUCCCCUCUCGCUCCUCAAGACCGCCCAGGGGCACCCCAUGCUCGUGGAGCUGAAGAAUGGUGAGACGUACAACGGGCAUCUGGUCAACUGCGACACGUGGAUGAACAUCCACCUUAGGGAGGUUAUUUGCACCUCAAAGGAUGGUGACAAGUUUUGGAGGAUGCCAGAAUGUUACAUCCGCGGGAACACCAUUAAGUAUCUUCGAGUUCCUGAUGAGGUGAUUGACAAGGUUCAGGAGGAAACUUCCAAGAGCCGAUCAGAUAGGAAGCCACCAGGUGUUGGCCGCGGAAGAGGAAGAGGGGACGUUGGUACUAAACCUGGAGGCAGAGGCAUUGGACGUGGCCAAGAUGAUGGAGGUAGAGGCAGUGGUGGUCGUGGAAGGGGUGUUGGUGCCAAAGGUGGCAACAAAGGUGGGGGCCGUGGCCGUGGCUGAUGCUGGUGGACACAUGGGACAAUGCCGCUUUUUAAGGCCUGUAAUUGUGUUGCAUAGAUUGCUUAGGACAUGAAGAAUGAACCAAGUUGGUUGGUUGGUUGUUUUGGGGGCGAAACCCAGAAUGGUUCCUGUGGUCUAGACAUUGAGGCAGCGGAGGCGGCCGGGCCUGUCACUGUUCCUCAAAACAGUUUGGUUGAUAUCUUGAGUAUGAGCUAAUCUGUUCAUUUGUGGAGAGGCAUCCUGAUUAAAUGACUAUUUGAUGUUGCCGAUUAUUUUGCUA